AUGGCAUCACGCGCAAUGACCAUGCCGGCCCGCCGCCUGGCUCUCAACCUCUCCAGGCCCACCGUCGCUCGCCGUAGCUUCCAGAGCUCAGCACGCAUGCUCGAGGUACCGGCAGGAGCCAUGCCCGUCCGCAAGCCCGUGGGCGCUUUCCGUGGAGGCAUUCUUGGAUUCCUCUCUGGAGCCGUCUUGAGCGGAGGAGCCCUGUACUACUAUGUCAUUGACGAGUAUCGUGUGUCGAACGAGCUCUUGACCGAGGACAUCUACGCUCUCCAGUCAGCCGUCUCACGCAUAGAAGGCUACGUCAAGUCGCUCGAGGAGAAGGUCCGCAAGUAA